GUUCGCCAGCCGUUUUAUCAACUGAUGUCCAUCCAUGUUUUCAUCCGGUCAGGAGACAGCACCAAGCAGGUCCCGGUUGCAUUUGCCCUCAUGUCCAAGAGGCAUACCAGCGACUACAAGGAGGUACUCAGUGUUCUCUUGGAGAAGAUUACAACACCACCAGCAGUCCAGAAGAUUGUCCUGGAUUUUGAGAGUGGGAUGUGGAAAGGCUGCCAGGAGCCUGUUUCCAGACGUGCACAUCCAGGGAUGUUCAUUUCACUGGACCCAGGCAGUGUACAGGAAGGCCCAGGAGCUUGCGAUCCAGGGACCUUACCGCCAACGAGGCUCUGUCCAUUCAUUUGUUAGACAGCUGCUGGCCCUUGUUUACCUACCAGAGGACAAGAUUCCAGCUGUUUUCAACAGGUAUGUAAUAACAAUAAAUGCAACAACAAUAACUAAAUUUCUAUACAUUUUUAAACAAAUCUGAACAUGCAGUGUUUGUUGUAUUUUCCUUAUUUUGCAUAUUAACUAAAUCUUACUGUUUGAGGAGUCAUCCCUUCUUCCCCUGCAAAGGCGACUGGUGUCUGAGGGGAAGCUGAGCAGGCAUCAAAAGAAACAGACACGUAGCCACCAGGCAAAUCUCUUCCGAUGCAUGGAAUAGAUACAGCAAAGGAGAGAUGUCCAGUUACUCCCUUCUGAAACGAUGUGCAAAAUUGUGAGUGGUUUCACACCACUGGACUGUGUGAUUAUUGUACGAUUUCUUAAAUACAUACAUUCUGUAGUCAACACAAAUACAUACAAGGACUAGAUGAUUUCCUUAUGAUGCCGCGUUCCGAUAAGUCGCCAAUUUGUUUGUGCGCUUCCCAGUAACAAUUUUGUGCGUGAGGACGUCUGUCCGACCAAUAUCCUUGUCCGUUUUUGA